GUAAUUUGAGACGUUUUCCUCAUCUGUCCGAAUAAUACAAAUAGGACACUUUUACUAAUUAAUUUUAAUACAAGUUUCUCAUUUUUUAGCCCUAGUACUACUUUAAGAGGAAAACCUGGUUUAAAACGAGUAAAAACACUUCACACUUUGUCUCUGAAAGUGUAAGGCUGUCCAUCAAAAAGCACAAAAUGUCUUUGUGGCGUAAAAUUGAAUGACCUUCCGAUUAUCUCAAGUUCCGUUUUUUAAUGUCAAAUCUUUGAUGAGAAGGCUCUUUCAUCAGCCUCAGCUUGGAGAAACAGAGAUCAGCCUUGAUCAGACAAAAAUGCGAAUGUCUGGUCUUAAUGGGUUUAGUUCCUGCCGUCUCAAAACAACUUCAAAACAGCUGGUGCAAACAUACAUGUUUAUAUAAAUUUAAUUUAUUUGUUUUACAGACUUUUGUGUGUCAGAGCUAAUUAUUCUACCACUUAGCUGGAAUUCUAUAAUACUUAUGCAGAAAUAAACAUCAGAAGAGAAAUGUAUGGCAACAUAAAGUUGGUUAAAUAGAGUUUACACAAACUACGACUAACUAAGACAAUGAUUUAUUUAUUUGAAUUGUUUUAAGACACUUAAAACUGGCGAGGUGGUGAAUAGCCAGUUUGCUUGUCUGUUUCACCUGAAUAAUCUUUUUCUUCAAGCUGAGGUUGUUCAAAGAUCUACAACAAAUAAGAAAUGAAUCAUACCUCACCUGUCCAUUACUUUUAACGAUCAGACCAUUUUCUUUUCAUUUAAUUAUGACUUCCAGCGGUGGGGUCAUGAAACACCAGCAGAAGAUCUUUUAAAAAAAUCUAAAUAUCACUGAUUUUAAUUACUAUGAUUAUAACAACGGAUAGAAACUACCAUUAGAAAUAGAUAAAACAUAGAAGAUAGCUUUCUCGGGAACUUUGUUUGUGGACAAGCAGUUUAAGACAGUCUUCCGACAGGAAUGAUGCUUUAAACACGAUGUUUUUGUAAGAGAUUCUAUGUAAGUAGAUUCAAAUAGACACAAACAGAAAUAGAUUAAAGUAGCAGAGGAUAUCUCAAUCUUAGUCUGAGUCAGACCGACAUCCCCAAAGCAAGAAAACGCGUCCAAACAAAUGCUGAACAUAACUUUUUUAUGCUUUGGCUGCAAGCAACAACUCAUCAGACAAAAACAUGCAGUGGAUGAUGACUUACGAAGAAGAUCACAUACGCUACUAGACUGAAUAUUCUGCUGGGCAGCAGGAGGGAUGAUGGCUGCAGAGAGCAGCCACGCUCGGCGACUCCUGUCCUUCCUGGACCAGCAGAGGGCAGUAGGGAGGUUCUGUGAUGCCGUGCUGAAUUUGGGAGACGGAGUACUUUACCCGGCCCACCGUAACGUCCUCGCCUGCUUCAGUGAACUCCUGGAGCAGUCCAGUGCAAGUGGCACACCAUGCACCGAGUUCUGCCUUCAGGGUUGUCCCAGUGACGGCCUGGAGCUGCUCCUGGGCUUCAUCUACACUGGGGAGCUGAAGCUGGAGCCGGGCAACCUGCACAAGGUGCAGCAAGCAGCGGUUAGUCUGUGCGUGCCCGAAGCUCUCGUCCUCUGCCAGCAGUUCCAGGGAUCCUCCGUGGACCGAGCUCCUUCGAAACAGAAAAGAGGCAGACCCAGAAAGUGUCCACCAGACCUUGUCAAGGUGGAGAACUCCAGCACCGCUGCAGGAGACGAGUCCAGCUUUGAUUCUACAGCCAGCAGUUCAGCUCUCAUCACCACAACACGCUCAGGCCGAGUGGUGAAGGGCCCCAAGUGGCUGGUGACCGCUGGUGUGAGACCCACGCCUGAGAGUGCCGGGUUCCUUCCCGUGGAGGAAACCGAGGUGAUGGCCGAUGUCCGUCAGGCACCAGGUGAGCCAGCAGCAGAGGAGCAGGAGGAUGAAGGUGCAGGUGACCUGGAGGGUGCAGCUGAUGACACGGAUGAGGAGUAUUUCCUCAUUGCUGAGAGCAGUCCCACCUCUGCGUCCACGCCGGCGACACAGAAAUGCAAGACUCCGAAUAAAACAAAUGAUAAGAACGCUGCUGCUGCAGAGGACAAAGACCCAGUCGCGUGUCCCAUCUGCAACAAGUCCUUCAAGAGCAAAUACUACCUGAAGGUCCACAACAGGCGGCACACAGGAGAGAAACCCUUUGGGUGCCUCAAGUGUGGGAAGAGGUACUUCAGAAAGGAGAAUCUGCUCGUCCACGAGAGCAGAGACUGCAGUAGAGGGCUGACGUACGCCUGCUCAACCUGCUCCUCCAGCUUUAACACAAAGGAGGAGCUGCGGGUGCAUGUCGUAACCCACACGGGACAAAUGCCACACCAGUGCUUAAUGUGUAACGAGCAGUUUAUGUACAAGAAGAAGCUGACGACGCACAUGAUGAAGGUCCACGGCCAUCCCAAACCACAUGUAUGUCCUCAGUGUCCUAAAACCUUCCUGACGCGGACAGAGCUACGCGUGCACGAAGCAGCCAAGCAUCGAGGGGAAAAGCCGUUUGUGUGUGAGGAGUGUGGCCAUCGAGCAUCGAGUAGAAACGGUCUUCAGAUGCACAUCAAAGCCAUUCACAGGAACGAGCGGCCUUUCGUUUGUACCACAUGUGGCCACGCCUUCUCCCAGAAAAACAACCUGAACUUGCACCUGCGUGUGCACAGCGGCGAGAGGCCGUAUCAGUGUCACCUCUGUGGGAAAACCUUCAGGACACAAGGCAGUCUGGAUAAACACCAGCGGACGCACACCGGGGAGCGCCCCUACGGCUGUGACGUCUGUGAGCAGCGCUUCACGGAGAAAGGAGCCCUCCUUCGCCACAAGGCCAGCAGGCACGAGGAGGGCCGACCCCACAGCUGUUAUGUCUGUACCAAAACUUUCAAAGCCAAGGAGCAGCUACGAGUCCACCUGCGGCGCCACAAAGGCAUGAGGAAGUUUGAGUGUGGGGACUGUGGCUACAUGUUUACCCGACAGGCACACCUGCGACGGCACUGCCUCAUCCACAAGCGCACCGAGAACUACAAACCACAGCAGAGGAAGCUGAGGAGCAUCGUCGUACAGAAUGUCGACGACAGCCCGGACGAGAGCCAAGUCACUAAAUCUGUGGACGCUCAGAAGGUUGGCGAUGACUCCCCAGAGUCGCCUGUCGUCCCAGGGUCAUCAGACCCUCAGAGUGACUCAGCCACCGGCCUCGCCCCUCUUGCAAGGGUAUUAAACGAGUCGGGGGACGCGGCGACGAAUGAUGAGGUGAGUCGGGACAGCCUGGAGCAGGACAAGACGGAGGAGCUGCAGAGAAGCCAGCUGGUCAGUGAGACAUACGAGUCCACGGUGGACAUGGACGGGGUUGAGGAUUCAUCUAAAACCUGAAGAAUCUGAUGGCUGCAUAUGAGCUAUGCUUACAUUCAGGACUGUGAUGUUAACAAGAGCAUGACACGGACAUGAAACAGAAGCAGCAGGAACUGCUGUCAUGCAUGAAAGGCUGCUGCAAAUGGCAGAAAUCAUCUUAGUUUCCCUCAUUUUUAACUGACACUUAGCUUCUGUUAUUAAACAACCGACUGACGUUUACAGCACCUUAAUAAUCCCACAGGGAUUAUGAUAAAACAUUGUUUUAGGUUAAAGCUCAUAUGAAAGAUCAACAGCACCUUGAGUUCACCUUUAAGUCGUUUGUUUCUAUGAAAUGUUUCCGUCCAGAUGAAAGACGGGAAACUUCAAACGUGAACGUUUGUUAAAGAACAAAGUUUUGUUUUUUCUAAGGAAUAAAAAACACCAAACUUA